GAGAUUUCCAAGCGAAGAAAUGGCCGGUCAUCUCGGACACACCUCCAUGUAAACAGAGCUUCCUGUACAAACAAGCUCGGCCCACUUGUUCCCGGGCAUGGCCAGUCUUCGAAUAAUCUUGUCGCUUCUGCUUCUAGCGGCCUUAGGCAUAAUUGCUCAGUGUGGCGCCUCUCGGGCUAUCAAAGCAGCUUACUGGCCGUCAGAUGCUGAAUUACAUGCAUCCUCCAUAGACACCUCGUAUUUCACUCACAUUUACUAUGCGUUCCUCUUGCCCGAGCCAACCACGUUCAGGCUCAAUGUCACUGCGUCUGACCAAACCAAGCUGCCUGGAUUGACGGGCAUGCUGCAGAAGCGAAAGCCGGCGGUAAAGACCCUCCUAUCCAUAGGUGGAGGUGGGUCGGACUCAAAUGUGUUCUCCAGGAUGGUGAACAGCUCAGAGACUCGCACAGCAUUCAUAAACUCCACCAUUGAAGUAGCUCGAAAAUACGGUUUUGAUGGAGUUGACUUGGACUGGGAGUAUCCAGCUGAUGAACAAGACAUGUCCAACCUCGCUCUGCUUUACAAAGAGUGGAGAAAAGCCCUGGAUAAGGAGUCCAAAAGAAGUGGUAAAAUCCGCUUAUUACUGACGUCUGCUGUGUACUAUGCAUCAGGAUUUCAGGUUUGGGGUUCGCCCAGAUCGUACCCCAGUCAGGCAAUCCGGAAGUACGUGGACUGGGUCAGCCCCAUGUGCUUCGACUAUCACGGGUCCUGGGAGAAUUUCACGGGCGAGCAUUCGGCACUCUAUGAUCCGAAGAGCAACAUCAGCACGAGCUACGGAAUCAGUUCGUGGAUUCGAGCUGGUGUGCCGAGCCACAAGCUGGUGAUGGGCCUACCGUUGUAUGGGAAGACAUGGACGCUCCAGAAUCCAAAUGUUACUGGCGUCGGGGCUCCAGCUGUUGGAGUGGAUCCUGGAAACGAUACCUUGACAUACAAACAGAUCGUUGAGUUUAAUGUGCAGAACCAUGCAGCAGUCAAAUUCGACGAGGAGUCGGUGUCGUACUACUCAUAUGUCGGAGUCACUUGGAUUGGUUAUGACGAUGUUCGGUCUGUGCGGAGGAAGGUCCGAUUUGCUCGGUCUCAGCGCUUGGGUGGGUACUUCUUCUGGGCUCUCGGCCAGGAUAAGAACUGGAUCAUCUCCAGACAAGCCUCGAGAGCUUGGGAUCACUGAUGAACAUGGAAAGACUGUCCGGAGCAUGUGACGAUUGCAAUAUAUGCAUUUAACUCGUUUGAAAUUUGGUCAAUUGUUGACUUCUCUCAGACAACUUUACAAUUAUUCCCGGAAAAAUUCUCAGAUCUCAUCUUGAAGGUUCAUGAUCUCCUAGGAUAUCCUGUUCAUAUCGUUGGAAAGUGGGAGCCUUUGUGUGUGUAUGUUUAUCUACCUUUCAAUUCAAUUUCUGAUUUGCUCAAA